AACAGUGUUAACAUCUCAUAUCAUGGAAAACUGAAUUUCCUUUACUUUGUUGAAAUUUAGUUUGAAGUAAUAUGUAAAAAUGGUUAAAGUUUCAAAGUGUACCUUUCACUACCCACUUAAUGCAGUCCACGUAUGGAAACUGCUGCAAAAACAGCUUGGUUUACAUCCAUUUUUUCAGUGAUGUCUAGAGAACCAUCACACUUACAGCCUCAUCAGCCUACAAGCAGUUUAGCCCCUGCCCAUUCUCACUGAAGUUAUAAGCAGUGUUUGAAUGCUUUUUCAAUGUGGCUCCACACAAAGACAGCCAAUCAGAACAGAGCUCAUUUAUCUUAUAUCAGUCUCAGGGCUGUUGAAUUCUAAGGGAUAGGAUAAGGGAGAGGUUGGAAAACAGUUACGUAAAAAUAAAUUCUGACUUUUAUUGUGUAUAAAUCCACACAAAUGUUAUAAGUGGACCUUAGGAAAAAUUGAGUACAUUGAACACCUUUGAGUACGACCGAUAAAAUAAGUGAAAGUUUCUUUCAUUUAUCUUCUUUUAUUGAUUUUGCCCGUGGAUUCACUAAAUGAAUUAGCAGAGCUGACUAGCAUGUGGCUCCAGGCAAAACUAAGGAACGCCGAUAGGAAAAUAGGAGUCGUUAAACUAUUAGGACACAUGCUCAGUUUACAGUUUAAUGCACUGCUUUAAAACACCCCUUUUAGUCUCAUGAGGUGUUUGUUAAUGAACUAGUCGUUUGAAUCAGGGUUGGCCUACCGCUCUAGCGCCGUCCACGGCAGGCCUUGGGACUUUUAUUUUGAAGGCUGUCAGUGCGUGUGGCUGAUCGGAUGUGAGUUUGGAUGGUGACGCCGGAUCCUCACUGCUCCUUCUCCGAGGAGGCGCUGCGGCUCUUUAGCUUUAGCUCCGUUUGCUGCGCUUGAGAGCCGCACUGGGCUCCUCUCACCAUGGCUCUGUACGAGUAUGUCACCCAGGACCAGCUCUCGGGCUUCGAUAAGUAUAAGUACAGCGCGGUGGACACCAACCCUCUGUCUGUGUAUGUCAUGCACCCCUUCUGGAACUCAAUGGUGAAGAUUUUGCCCACAUGGUUGGCACCAAACCUCAUCACCUUCACUGGCUUUAUGUUCCUCGUGCUCAACUUUGUCAUCUUGUCCGUGUAUGACUACGACUUCUACGCCUCAGCUGAGGGACAUGUGCACGUGCCCAGUUGGGUUUGGAUAGCAGCCGGCCUCUUCAACUUUCUGGCAUACACGUUAGACGGUGUGGACGGUAAGCAGGCCCGCAGGACUAACUCCAGUACUCCUCUUGGAGAGCUGUUUGACCAUGGCCUGGACAGCUGGGCGUGCGUGUUCUUUGUGUGCUCCAUGUACUCGGUGUUUGGUCGAGGAGCGAGCGGUGUCAGUGUGCUCACGCUCUACUACCUGCUCUGGGUCGUCCUCUUCUCCUUCAUCCUCUCGCACUGGGAGAAAUACAACACCGGCAUCCUCUUCCUGCCCUGGGGCUACGACAUCAGCCAAGUGACUAUUUCUAUCGUCUACAUAAUAACAGCAGUGGUUGGCGUGGAGACGUGGUAUCAACCGGUGAUUUGGAACCUUCACUACAGAGAUUUCUUUAUCGUCCUGAUCGUGGGUUGUUUGUUCGCUGUAACAUUGCCAAUGAGUCUCUACAACGUCUUGAAGGCGUAUCGGAACAACACGCUGAAGCACAGCUCCAUGUAUGAGGCUCUGCUGCCCUUCUUCUCCCCCAUACUCCUCUUCAUCCUUGCCACGCUAUGGGUCAGCCUGUCCCCCACUGAUAUCUUGGAACAGCAGCCCAGAAUCUUCUACCUAAUGGUGGGGACAGCCUUCGCCAAUGUCACUUGUAAGCUAAUCGUAUGUCAGAUGAGUAACACGCGUUGUCAGCCGCUGAGCUGGCUGUUGUUGCCAAUGGCCGUGGUCGUUUUGUUGGUGUUCUUUGGAGUGGUUCAGCAGAGUGAGCUAGUGGUGCUGUACGUGUGGACGGCUGUGGUCAUCUUCGCUCAUAUACACUACGGGGUUUCAGUGGUGAAGCAGCUGAGUGAUCACUUCAACAUCUUCGCCUUCUCCCUGAAGAAGCCCAGUUCAGACUGACAGGAAGAGGAGAAAAUCGGCCUGACGGCUGCCGAGGUCUAAGCUGCCCCAGCGUCCUCUGCAACCAGCCGACACUGAACCCAUCACCACGGAGACACAUCUCAUAACCAGGAAAAAUAACCUACAACCUGCUGACCAAGCAAGCCUUCCCAGCCUGAGCCCAGACAUGCAGCUGCACCACAGAACCUGGUGAGCUGAGAGACGCAGCUGCACCACAGGGCCCAACCCAGAUAUGUGGCUGAAUAAUGGGCCCCAUACGGAGCUGUGUUUAUGGGGCUGGCUGAGGCAGAGGCUGUUUGACUUUUUUGGUGUCCGAAGCUGAGGAGAUUAGCUUGUUUCCUACGGAAAUGUGCUUUCAGCAAAGAUAUGAGGAGCUUGGAACGGUUAACACGACCACACAUGCAUUCUUGAACAUAACCACAAGACGCGGACAUGCCCGGUCACACAUGUACAUAGUCAUUCGCACAUAACACACGUUAAUGAAUGUCUAGUGCAUUUUUUGCCUUGUACCAUUUCGCAUUUUAUUUGGGUUUAUUUCUGGCUUCAUUUGCUCAGUUCAGAAAAGCAAAAAGGAACAAAAAAAGCCCUGAGAUUUUAUAUGUAGUUGAAUUUGUGGCAUUACUAAAUCGAAAUGCUUCCUGUCAGUUAAAGAGGACAUGAGAAUUUGUGGUUUAAAAAAUUAAGUUUUAUUUUUCUUGGUAAAGGGAACUGGGGUUAGGG